AUGCGGCUCGUGUGGCUCAUCGUCUGUUUAAAGCUCACCGCCGGCCUCAAUGUGCUCUUUCAUGCUUCCGUUAUUGGUCAAUCGCAUAUUUCGUUUCUCGACACUGCCGUCAAUGUAUUGGCGAAAUAUGGGCACAGUGUGGACAUGAUCUUCGCUGUCUACAAUGAUAUGGUUGAUAUUCGAUUCACGGCGAGCAUUCGAAGGAAUUACACAUAUGGCUAUUCGGAGAAACACUACUGGAAGAACAGAACGCCUCAUUUGGCGAAUCCGUUCAUCAAACCGCCAAGACCACUUAUUGAUUUGAAGGGUUUUGAUCUACUGGCAAUCGAGCUGUGCAAAAUUGGAAUUAAUGAUGGCAAUCUUCUUGAGUUUAUCAAAGAAGGGCAUUAUGAUAUUGGGAUUACAAAUGAUUAUGAACCGUGUGGGACCAUUUUGUUCAAAGCCGCUGGGGUACCUGUAGUUGCGAGCUAUGUUCCAACUCCAUUGUUUUUUAGUCAAGUUGUUUCUGCGGGAUUGCCAAUGCCGACGAGUGUUUAUGGAACCACGUUAUAUCCGGAGCAUGAUGGAUCCAUGUACGACAAGACGUUCCACCUGAUACGAUCCGCAUAUUUUCAUUAUGUCUGGUAUCCCUUUAUCCUGAAGUCUUAUGAUCAAGCAUCUCGUGCUAAAUUUGGACACGAUUUUCCAAGUGCUGAAGAGUUGGAGCGAAAUAUUGAUAUCGUUUUUGCGAACUCGAAUGAAAUAAUUGAGCAACCGAGGCCGAUAUCACACAAAAUCAAGUAUAUUGGAGGAAUGGGAGUUAAAAAGGCGAAACCAUUAAGCAAUCAACUCGUCGCCAUUCUAGAAAGUUCGCAAAAAGGCGUCGUUUUAUUCUCGUUUGGCACUCAAGUACGGACCACAGCGAUUCCUGUAGAGAUUCGAAAGAAUUUCCUGGAGGCUUUCAAGCAUUUCCCAGAGUAUGCCUUUAUUUGGAAGUAUGACAAUUUGACGGAAGAUGCUCUCGAUUUUGGCGGUGCUGAAAAUGUGCACAGAUUGGAAUGGUUGCCACAAACCGAUUUAUUAAAAGAUCAUCGGGUUAAGCUUUUCAUCAGUCAUAUGGGCAUGAAUUCAUUUUUGGAAACGUCAGAAUCUGGAGUUCCAGUUCUUUCGAUCCCACUUUUCAUUGAUCAACAGCACAAUUCCCAAAAUGCCGCAUUUCUUGAAAUGGGUCUCAUUGUGAAUCGGAACGAGAUUACUGUGGAAAAUUUGGUGAAAACGUUGAAAAAACUGCUUGGCGAGCGCAAAUAUGGGCAAAAUGCUGCGAAAAUAGCGAAAUUGAUUCGAAACAAGCCCGAACAACCCGAAGAGGUGUUCGUUAAAUGGAUCGAAUUUGCUGCGAACCAUCCAGGAUUGCAUAAGAUUUUCAAUCUUCCCGGUGCCGAAAUGGGACCAUUCUUGUAUUAUUCGGGUGACGUCAUUGUCUUUAUUUUGCUCAUCAACUUCAUCGUCGGCAUCACAAUUUUCACGAUUUUCGCGAUUUUUUGCCUUCUUCUUACUGUAUUUGCCGAUGUCGACGAAUUGAUUGAUCCGACGGAUGGUCAGAGGAACGCCUAUGAAUCGAUUCGGAAACUCAAAAAAUGUCUCGAUAAGGUUGAUAGAAAACGGGUCCAACGCGUUUGCGAAGGCAAAAAGGGCGUCGAACGCGACAAAUGCGUUCUAAUGUACACACACCAAAUUAUGCCCACUUUGAAGGAAUGUGUUGAGAAUACCAAGUCGGCCGCUCGUCGAGUGCACACUGAACUUUGA